AUGGAGCGAAUUCGGCAGCUGUUCCAGCGGGACACCUCGUAUGAACCGCUGGAAGGCGGCUCGGAGACUCCUGAAGGGGAACAGAUCUCGGAAACGAGAGAACAGAGGUUCUCAUGGAUCGACUACAGUGUCUUCGUUCUCAUGGGAGUGGCAAUGCUCUGGGCAUGGAACAUGUUCUUAGCCGCUGCUCCCUACUUUCAGCGGAGAUUCAAGUCCAACGAGUCGCUGCUGCGUAACUUCCAGUCUGCCGAACUAUCUGUUUCAACAGUCGGAAACCUGGGCUCGAUGAUAAUCCUGACCAAACUGCAAGCGCACGCGAACUACCCCAAGCGUAUCUUAGCAUCUCUCGCGAUCAAUAUUCUCGUCUUCGCCCUCCUCGCCAUGUCUACACGGCUAUUUCUGGAGGUGUCUGCCGGAGUGUAUUUCGCGUUCCUCAUGGUUGCCGUAUUCAGUGCCAGCCUCGCCACAGGUCUAUGCCAGAAUGGCGUCUUUGCCUACGUUGCCGGAUUUGGACGUGAGGAAUACACCCAGGGAAUCAUGGCCGGCCAGGGAGUUGCGGGUGUGCUUCCCUGCAUCGCUCAAAUCGUCUCCGUUCUGUCUGUACCAGGGAGCAGUUCCCCAUCGAGCAGUCCCCAGCAGUCUAGCAAGUCUGCAUUUGCUUAUUUCUUGACGGCUACUGGUAUCUCUGCCAUCACGCUCGUGGCCUUUCUGUAUCUUCUCACGCGCGAGAGUUCCAAGGUUCGCAUGAAGAACACAGCCGCACAUGAUACCGUCGAUGGACAUGGGCUUUCCGAUAACAGUCACAAGUCCAUACCUCUCACGUACCUGUUUAAGCGUCUUUUCUGGUUGGCGGCUGCUAUUUUCCUUACUUUCGCCAUUACAAUGGUCUUCCCUGUGUUCACGCAGCAGAUUCUGAGCGUACGCGACCCAGCUUCCGCCCCUCGUCUCUUUCAACCCGCUUCAUUUAUUCCACUAGCCUUCCUAUUCUGGAACAUUGGGGACCUGGUCGGACGCGUCAUUCCUGCUAUUCCCAGCCUCAGUCUUACCUCUCAGCCGCGCCUUCUGUUCAUCUUGUCCGUGACGAGACUUGUCUUCAUCCCCUUGUACUUCCUCUGCAACAUUGGGGGAAAAGGCGCAGCGAUCAGUUCCGACGCUUUCUAUCUGUUCAUCGUCCAGGUUCUUUUUGGCCUCACGAAUGGCUACAUUGGCAGCAACUGCAUGAUGGGCUUUGUGGAAUAUGUGGAGGCUGAAGAACGUGAGGCUGCGGGAGGCUUCAUGUCCUUAUGUUUGGUGGCUGGCCUGACGGUUGGGAGUUUUCUGAGCUUCUUUGCUGCCGGAUCCGCUUAG